GUUAAAAUAACCUCGAUAUGUUCUUUUUUCUCCAAAUAAAAUAUCAAGAUAGUCACGUAUUGUCAUUAUACCAUUUCAAUACGAAGCGUCAUCCAACUGUGUGUCAUAUUAGCAUUGUAAAUACAUGAGUUUUUUUAAAUAUCAUUAAUAAAUGGUUUCGUUGAUUGAUGCUGAUUACAUUUAGAAGUUACAUGUUUGAAUUUUAUUUCACGUUUUCCCGCUUUACCCAUUCGAUAUUAGAUGUAUAAAUGCCAUACACCUGUAAAUUACCUCUGUCAUUUGACGUCGAUGGCGUUGCUCGUCCAGCAAGUGUUCAUAUAAACAAGCAUAUUACAGAGGCCUUCAAAACACAAAUAACGAUAAUCUCGAGAUGCUUAUUUAAAUUUAUCAAAUACUUAUGUAAUAAUGAGUGUUUCUAAAGAUAAGACUGCAAUGCAAGAUAGAAAUUAUGAGUACUCUAAAUUCGACAAAAGUUCUGCUGAUGAGGAACGCGAUUGCUGGGCAAGUGAUAGUGGCUCCAGCACAGGAUCUUAUUAUUCCAACAGUACAAGCUCAGCAAUUGAAUGGGAAUCUGAAAUAAAUUCUGAGGGAGAGGUUUUCUACAUUGAAUCAUUUUUGGAAUCCCUCAACACUGUAGAUCAUAAAAUUAUCAACAAUAAUCCAUUAAUUCCUCUAUUACCAGAAUUAACUCGUCGUAGAAGUACUAAGGCAGGGAAAUUGAUGCGCCUAAUUAAACGUAAAGAGAGUUACAGGCAUAGUAUACGAGUAAGUGGUUUAGCUUCAGAGUUGAAACAAAAUCAAGAAUCCCUCAAUAGAUUAUACAGAGAGCGUGAAGCUGCAGUAAUUAAUUUGAAAAAAAAUGAAAAAUAUGUAGCCAAUUUGUGGAUUGAUCCUGAAAGAAGACAUAAGCUUGGAAGACGGGCUACAGUAUGUGAGGCUUAUUUAGGCAUCAUUCCACAAAUCAAUCCAGUUAAAUUAAGAAUAACAGUUGCUGGCUUUGUUCCCGAUGGAGAGGCUCUUAAAAAUAAAGACAUUAAGCUUGGCGAUUGGCUACAAUCAAUUAACUCAAAAGAUGUUACCUGUCAAAAUAUAGAUAGCAUACUUUCAGACAUCACAUCUCCAUGUAAUGCCAUUUGUCAAUUUCAAAGAAAUUGUUCCAACGGAAACUAUGAGAACUUAACAACUGCAAUCAGCUGCCCAAAUCAAUCAUUGCUAGCAAGGCAACUAGUGGAUAAAGAAGAAAGUCAAAUUUUAAUGGAUUCUUUUAUAAAAGAGCCUCUAGGCGUAAUCUGUAUAAAAAUUUCAGAAUUUUCUGAAAGCGAGUCUGCUAUGCAGGGGGUUUUGUAUUCUUUUCCAAAGUCAAAAAAUAAACAUGUUCAAUCUUUUUUAAUUACUACAAAAGGAGCUUAUAUCACUUUAAAUCAUAUGCUGCUAGACAUUGUUGGACCUCAGCCAGUUAGUACAACUGUUAUGACUUCAAAUGGUCUAACGAACAUAGUAUACUUUUCUUACAAAGAAGAACUACUGUUAAUUUCUAUACCGGAGAAAUGUUGUAAUAAACAAGAGGCAAUAGAACUUUCAAUGGAUAUUGUAUGUACUUUGGCUUUUACAAAUGAAAAUGUUUCAAAAUGUUUCGUCAAGGAAGAAAAUCAUAUGUAUUUAGAUCACUUUUUCUACUUAUUAUAUUCUCGUCUUUAUAAAGACAAAAUUACACUGAACAGAAAUGAUUUUGACAAUGAUAAAAGUAAGAAUACUGAUGAAACAAGGCAAUGUGAUUUUAAUUUUAUAUUGCCUACUGUUCAGACAAUUCAGUUGCCAAGAGAUGCUCAAAUACAGAUUGAUGCAGCCCUCAGUGAAAUGGAAGCAAUGGAUUAUAGAGAUUGGAAUCAAGAUCCCAUUGAAUGUCAAAGGUUGUACACAAUAUUAGGUAGUUGUUUAUAUCAUAGAAAAUAUUUACUUGGUUCUCAUUUACCUGCUGAGGACUUAUUGCAAGUGCACUCUUAUUUGAGAAGGCAUGGAUUAAUCAAUUUAGUUAACACAGAACAAGUCAAGUCUGCUGUAAUUUGGAAAAAAGUCUAUCCUUCAUCAUGUAUGAACAGAAAAUGGCCAGAAGAACAUGUCUCUACAUUAUUAGAUCAAUGGUUUUUACUUGUGGUUGGCUGUGGUCAUAAUUUACUUGCAGUACUGUUAGAGUCAGGAGGAUGCACUGCAGUUGUGGAAGAAAGUUCUGGCCCUGAUAUAUUUUAUGUUGAGGAGGCUCAGGAAACAUUGAAUCACAUAAAAAAAAUUGGAAUUUCAACAUUAGCUGAAAAAUGGAUCAUUGCUAAUGCUAAACCAGAAGUGGCAAUACCACAGAAAGAACUAGCAAUAUCAAAAGUUCAAUCUAGUAUUACAGAAAAUAUAGUUGGUCUCAUUAAAACAAGUCAGUCAAAAUCUCAGAGUAAUCUAACAUCAAAGGUGCCUAAUGAUGGAUUCAAUAAUAUUAUAAGUACUAGAAGCUUUGAAGAGCCGCGAUUUGAUCUAAAUCCUGCAUACUCACUUGAAAUAUCACGAAAUUCUCCUAGUCAAGAUUCAUUGAGUCAAAUUAGUGAGGUAAGUGACCAGGCAGCACCAAUAUUAGGUAGAAGAGCUACACGAGAAAAAAUAGGUACAAAGGCUCUGAAGCAUUCCGAUGACAGUGAUUCCGAUUUAGAUAUUGACCAAAUUUCAGAUGUUAAUAACAUCAGAGAAAAUUUAUUAAAUCAAGCUGAAUAUAUUGUGCCAAAAUUUAUAACAACAGGUGAUAAGAAUACACUAGUGCAUUAUGUACUUAUAGACUUAUUUGAAGGGAUUUUAAUAUCCUCAAAAAUGGACCAGUUAGACAGUGAAUUCUUAUCAAUUUUGAAUUUUAGCAGUCAAACAAUACGAAAACUAUUAAGUGAUACAAAACGAUACAAAAAGUUGCUAAGUCAUGAUACUGGUAAAAUAAAUAAAAGUUUAAUAGCGAUUAAAGAACAUGGUGUCCUAUUUGAAUGGGAAAAUUCUACAUAUUGGGUAAUUGGACGAUUGUAUUCUAAUCCAAGACCUAAAGAAUUAUAUGUAUGUUAUCAAGAAUGUACUCCACAAAACCUUGUUGAAAUGGCAUUUAGAUUGCAAGCGACAAGUUACUAAUGAGAAAAAACUCCUGAAGAAAAUUUUUGUUAAACUUAGUUUUGUGCAAUAUAUAAGUAUUUUUAAAUACAUACUUAUAAUAUAAGUUUCUUAUUCUUUAUUUAUAUUUCCUUGAGCCAAGAUGUUA